ACGUAGUUACCUGGCUUGGGCGGUUGUGACGGUCCCACAAGCCUACUGCGUACUGAGCCCUUGUAACUCGCUGAGCACACGCGAGGUUACCUGGCGGUACCUGUCCACAAACACAGGAACGUCCAUGAUUCACCAUCAGUGAGAUGAAGCGAUAGCAUACAGUUCUGAAGAAAAACCCAGAGAAACUCACAUCCAUGAAAUCUGCUCCUCUGGCUGUGGCGGAAUUGUCAGACGAAAUGAAAGAAGUGGAAGUAGAGAACAGGAAAGAGGAGAAUGAUGACGAUGAGGGGUUACAGCAGGAGGAGGCGGAGGAGGGCAGAGGGAGAGACUCCCGAUGGCGAGUUUUUGCGACGGAAAGAGUGUAUGGGAGGAACAGGAGGGAGCAGCAAACGGACAACAACCCACUUCGCUGACUGACCACAAAGGGGAUAUCUGUCCGACAGAAAGACCGCAGACGGAAGAUGACAACACACACAAGGACCAGGAAAUGGGAUCUCUGCCAGAGAAGAAAGGAAAGAACAAGAAGUCAUCAAGAACACACUUUUCGAACACCAUGGACACAUUUGAGAAAGGAUUAAGAAUGAAUAUUCAUAAGCAUACUCAUGCUAGCUCAGAUAAUCACCUCCAUAGGCGUAAGAGCAGCAUGUCUUCCUUGUCUUCGCUGACUCAGCGUCCACAACCGUCGAUCUUACCGAAGGACCUGAGGGAAAGCAUGCUGACAAUGGCAUCAGGGCUGUACGGAAUCAUGCUGGUGGUACUAGGGGCUGUGGUGCCGAUAGCAGAGACCUUCGCCAUAUCCAGCCAUCCAUAUCUCUUCGAGGUCUUCUACAUCUACCUCUACAUGGUCAGCAUGGGAUUUCUCCUCUACGUAUACCUCUAUCUCCUGAGACGAAACAAUCUUUUGACAACUGUCUUCGGAAAAAGCUUAGCGCGCAUCUGUUUGGGCACUGGCGGGAACGUCCGACGAAGUGUGGUCACGACAAACCUUUCUCGCACAGGUUCCAUUAAAAGUCGAGACUCGACUCAGAGUUCAGGUUCAGGGAGCAAGUCACGGCGGAGAAAGGUUACCUUUCACUGUCAGCCUAAUCAGCACACCGGAAGCUUCUAUCUUCGCGUCGGCGCCAUUGGUUUUGGAGUGGGCAGCAUGGUCCACAGUGGGUUGACCUUUGCUCAUUACUUCGAGUCUGCACACAAUAACGCCUGCAGUGAUGUUAUUCAAGCUGUCAAACCCUUCCUGCACCUUAUCUUCACUUUUGUGCAGAUGUACUUCGUCUUCAUGAACUCAAAGAUGUGCAUCAAUCGCUUCAAGACUCUCGCCCGAUUCGGUUUGAUGCACAUCAUCAGCACCAACGUCUGUGUUUGGCUCCGAUUCAUUUGUGUGGAGACGCUGCACUACCUACAACUCUACAGUCGCAACAGGCCAUCCAUGUCAGAAGUCACAAAAAUCCCCCAAUACAUCUCGUUGGCCACAUUAAGCGAGUGGGACGAUUCCAAGGAACAACAGACGUACAGUGCGGCACCGAGGUUUCUGCCGGAAAUUGAAUGUCACUGGGACGCCCUCAUGGGUCGUGUUCUCGAGAAGGUCAGCAGCUACCUGUACCCUUGCACUAUCCAGUACAGCCUGAUAUGCGGCAGCAUACUCUACGAAAUGUGGAGUCACGUAGGGCAGAACCCUUGCUCCCUCGAGGACAACGACCUGGCUAUCCACCAGCGAAUGAGCGUGGACUGCAGUGAGUCUAGCAAAGGCAUGUUCUUGGGCUUCCUGCUCUUCGUCAUUGCCGUGGUCACUCUCGUGGGCUUCCAUGUGCUGGUGAACUCCCCUGCUACAGCGGCAGCAGCCUUUGUCCUUUCUCACGUGACCGAGUGUUUGAUAUACAUUCUGACACUUGUAGCAACAGUGGCGGCCUCCUGGCGAAUGCGCAAACUUCAUUUGAGACGUAACGUCUCGGUGGGAGUCGAGCAGACGUUAGCAUUGAUCUCGCUGACCGGUCUAACGGCGUUUGCCUGCUUUAACAUCGCGGCUGCCCGCCUGUCGCCUCCACACGAGCUAGCACGAUUGACCAUCGCGUCCAAUGUUCUGAUGCUUCUACAAGCAUUUGUACAGGAGGUCUUUCUGCUCGCAACCAUGAGGGCCAUGGCGGUUAAUGGUCAUGAAGUCAGGCUCAAGCCGGGCCGCGAGUGGGUAAUGUUUCUCCUCGUCAGCAAUUUUACUCUCUGGGUCCUCAACACAUUCAAGACACAGUCGGUGGAGCACAGCAUUCUUCAGGCCCGCUUUUAUGGUCCUUCCGCUUGGGCCAUCUUUUGUCACAUUUCUGUCCCACUUGGCAUCUACUUCCGGUUUCACUCCACGGUCUGUCUGUCUGGCAUAUGGAAAAAUGCUUGGAAAAUUCGCCCUAUGUAGGUAAAGGACCUUCUCAUGCAAAGACAAACCCUGUAUAUGUUUCUGGAAUCAGGGGCCCGACGAGCUAACCCUCACAGGUUGAAAAGCUGAUUGCUUCCCUUUAACCUUAGCUGGUAGCGAUGGAUGUGGACGUCUGAAGAAGAAUGAAAAUGAGGGGUUUGACUAAGAUUUGUACUUAUAAUGCCGAUUAAAAAAAAACAAUGAUGUCAAAUUAGCCUCCGUUGUAGUCGAAUAAUUUGGGCUCUGGCGAUCGGCCUAUUUUUACAUCAGGUCCUUGCAUCUUGCAUGCCAGUAGAAAACACAUAAUUCACUCCCACAGAGAAAAAUAACACUUAAAACUGAAAUAAUAUUUUUUUUUUACUAAAACAAGUGAAUUGGCUUACAUAAGUGUCAACGCUUCUGUUGUAGCAACGAAGACAGUGACGAUAAUAAAGAUUGCCGUGUCAACGGGUCUUGUUCUUCUGGUUCGCUUUUCAGACAGCAAUGAAAACACCGAAAAAAACAUUCAAAUACACAGUUUUGAAAAGGGAAUUUGGAACUUAAAAAAACAAACAGGUGGUUUUAAAGAUCUGUUUGAGUCUUCUUUAAGGAAGCGUCAGUGAACUAUGAUAAUUCGAUCUAUCGUAAUAAUAAAAAUAUCAUUUUUUACUUGUACUCAUACAUAACCAAUCUAUAUAUAUCACCAACGAAAUUUUUUAUGCGCUUUAUAUGACGUGUAAAAUUAGAUAAAUUUGUGCCUCGAAUAAAGUACAAUGAUUGAUUGAUUGACA